UGCCCAAAUGGCGCUGGUGCAGCCCGAAAGACGCUAGCGUAGGCAGGUACGAGUACCGAUACAGCGCAUAGUCGUCAACAUCACCUGCUGCGCUUCCUCUUUCACGCCGGAUACAGUCUCUACCGUUGCCUUUGGCUCGUGGCUUCUCACAAUCGACCCUCUUCAUUCCUUCAACUGCAGGCAGUCAGUCGCUCAUUUCUCAUAGCUAUACCUGCGCUGCGCUUCACUCACCAAAUCUCACCCAAACACUCCACAACAUUCCCACAAACAGCACUUUUACGUUGUAUAUACAGCUCAGACAUUCUAUAACACUCGCUUGAUCAUCGCCAUGAAGUCCAUCGUUUUAGCGAGCGCUCUGGCAGCUGCCAGUCUUCUUGUGAGCUCUGCGAGCGGACGUCCUCUCAACCACAAACGUAAGCUCGUCACCGAGAUGGUAUAUGUCACCGAGACGAUCGCUGAAGCUAUUGUCUACGUCGACGAGGCGGGCGCGCCUUAUUGGACCACAACUUCGACGGUACUCACCAGUUCUCCCUCCGUAACUGUAGCCACAUCUACAGCCGAGGCAGUGCUUUCGAGUUCAGGUCCAGCUCCCUCACUUACCUCGUUCGAAUGGCCAUCGUCUACACUCGUUUUACCUUCAGUGGAACCUACUGCUGUCGGUGCCCAGGAUGCGACUACGACACAGGCGCCCCCUUCUACCACUUCCGAAGUAUCAUCUGCAGUGCCUGCCUCCACAAAAGAGCCUGAGCCCGUACCUCAGCCAUCAGCUCCAGCUGAUAAUGUUCCUGUCGACAAGGCCGCUGCCGGUACCCUGCCUCUAGGCAUAACUUGGGAUGCCUACACUGGGUCCGCCAAUUGCAAGAGUGCGGAUCAACUCGCUAGUGAAUUCAGUAAGAUGAAGGACUACAAAGUGAUCCGGAUAUACGGUAUGGACUGCAACCAGAUUCCGCUUGCAAUUCAGAACGCCAUCAAAAACGGUCAAAAGCUCAUGGGCGGCGCAUUUCUGGAUACCAGCGGUGGCGGCGAAGACCUCGACCAGGUCAUUCAGACCUACAAGAGCGCUAUCGAUCAGUAUGCUGGCGGAAAUUGGGAUGUUCUCCAACUCUUCGCAGUCGAGAACGAGCGCGUCAAUGAGCACAGAAUGACAUCCUCGCAAGUCGUUGACGCCAUUGGUCGUGCUCGCACUCAGCUACAAAGCUUCGGUUACAACGGACUUGUGGGCGCAGUCGAGACUGCACCUGCUAUGAUGGACAAUCCUGCUAUCUGUGGAGCUGCAGAUGUGGUCAUGGUCAACAUUCACGCCUUCUUCGACAGGAAUACAAAGGCUCAGGAUGCCGGUACGUUUGUCAAGAGCCAAGUUGAGCGUGUGAAAUCCGCCUGCGAUAACAAGCGUGUUGUCGUUACUGAGUCUGGUUGGCCUCGCGAAGGUAAUGCCAAUGGUGCGGCCAUCCCCUCACCCGACAACCAGCGUAUCGCUCUUGAAUCGAUCCGCUCCAAUUUCAACAGCGACAUGUUCCUUUUCAGCGCCUUCGACUCGGGCUGGAAGGCAGACUCUGCAUCAACCUUCAACUCUGAGCGUUAUUGGGGUGUGAUCGAUUAGCCGUGCUGAAUGGAGCUACCACACAUUGUUGGAAGGAUAUCGCGGAUUGCAUCUUGCGACAUGCAUCUUCCAACAAGCAAGUUUGCGCGCUCAUCACUUUUGCCAUCUUUCUUGCCGAUGUACCUGCAGCCUAGUGCUACACAAGUGUGCGUGGAAGAUCAUUUCUGAUGUUAACAUCCUACAGGUAUGGAUACGAAAAACAUGCGUCAUGUA